AUUAUGGACGUAUUCGAGAAGUACAUGCAGAACAACGUACGUAAUCUGAAGAAGGAGCAGGCGACAGAUCUCUUCCAGAAGGAAUUCCAGCUAGACGUUGAGCAGUCGGAAGUGAUGUUCAACACGUUUGAUAAGGAUAAAAACGGUAUCAUGAGCAUAUGGGAGUUCCAGCAGUUCUACAUGUGCAUGGGCGAUCAUUGCCAGGAGGUUAUCACCAAAUUUAAAGAGCUGGACGCGGACGGAAGUGGGAAGCUGGAUGGCGAGGAGGCGAAGGAGGGGCUGAAGACGCUGCAGACGGCGACGGGACGCCAUCUGGAGGAAAAGGAGAUCGAUUUUUUCAUGAAAAGCGCCGUAGGGGACGAUGGGCUUAUCGACCUGGGCGCGUUUACCAACUUGUUGUAUACGCUGAAACUGUAUAAGGCGCCUGCUCCGAAAUCUUAGAGCGUACCGCUUACUUUGCUCAAGCGAUAUUAAGUACCUAAUAUUGAAAUAUUUUGUGUAUGUUUAUUUUUUAUUUUUAUGUUUUUAUCUGCGUAGAAACUUAAUAAUUCUGUUAAUUCAUAUACUUUAGAGUGUGCAUGUUAAAUCCUUACGUGUCAACAAUAAUAUGACGAUUAAAUCGUCUUUAUUUGUGUGAAUGCACCUUUUUUACAUAAAAGCUUGCAUUUAUACCGCUUAAACGAAAAUGUAGACUUGCAACUUGCAAAUGUGAUUUUACAUCAAAUUUUCAAAAUAUUUGUGUGUAUGCCAAAUUUCCGUAGCGAACUCCAGUCCGCGAUUUAAGCAAUAAUUUAAAAUAGAAAACAUGUCAUUGAAAUAUUCGAAUAGAAUCUGUCAUCGUGAACGUAAACCGUACAUUCAUUUAUUUUCGUUGACCCGGAAUUUAGCGGUUUCAUUUAAUCUGGCAAUUUGGUUUGAUCUUAUAUUCAUGCAUUUUAUAAAGUGUGUGAUAUAAGAAUAAGGACUUAAAGGGUUCUUUAUACAUUUGAUUGCGAAUUUGAGAGCACAAAAAUCCACAAAAAUAAGUAUCCGACAAUUGAUAUUGAUUUUACGGUUUAUCAAUUCAACUUAAACUGGCAUAAACUAAUUCUUUUUUGUGUGAUGAAAGUUGAUUGUUUAAUGCCCCAAUUGCUUUACAUGCCUAUUCUAAAUUAUGUACAGUAUGUGGAUUGAUAAUUUUGUACAAAUAAGAUUAAACAAAUAAUGCGUCUUCAUUUUAAAUUACACCUUAAAUGAUCACGUUUAGUAUUGAAAAAAAGGUAUAAUGUAAUGUAUAGUGUUCACUUUGUUUUAUAUGCUUUAUAUUCAAUUAUGUAUUCGGAUUGAAAAUUUUGUACAAAAAGAUGUAAAAAAUGCGUGUACAAUUAAUAU